AUGUCCUCCCAAGCCGCCAUCAUCGCCGCCCUCAAAGGCCACACCCUCCGCAUCCCCAACCUCACAGCUCUCUUCCAAGCCUGGCCCCCUCAGACCCUCAACGAGCAUUACCAAGACUCCGUCACCCUCACCACCAACACCAUCCUCAAGAUCGCCGCCAUCGCUCCCCAUCUACAGAUUGAGCGCCGCCUGCGCGAUGAUAUUGCCCUACUAGCAUGUUUAUGGUAUCCCCUCACGCCCAAGCUGCGUCUCGAGGCCCUGGUGUUGUAUGUGGUAUGGGUAGUCUGCUGGGACGACACCGUCGACACCGUCGAAGGCGACCUGGGGACAGACUUCGCCCGCGCCGAGCAAUGGCGCGAGAGAACGCUGGCAAUCGCCAAAGAUGCAUUGAAUCUGCCCGGAACAGCUCCAGACGGUGAGGUCGAUGCCAUCAACGCAGUAUUGGUCGACUUUGGGCAGCGGUACGCAGAGGAGGCGCCGCUCCAUGAGCGCCAGCGCAUGUACGAUGAGCUCGCCAUCUACAUUGGUGCCUGUUCGACCGAACAGAAGAUGCGCCUCAGCGAGACCGUUCCUAGCUUUGACGAGUACAUGGCGCUCCGGGAGGGUACCAUCGCCGGCGGCACGUUCCUCGCCCUGGUUCCUUAUGCCAUGAACCGGGACGUGCCGCCGGAGAUGAUCAACUCGCCGCCCGUCAAGAUUCUCCAGAAGCAGAUCAGCGUGCUGGCGAGCUACGUUAACGAUCUGCUAUCACUCAAGAAGGAGCUUCAUUCGGGCUGCGCCAUCAACGUCGUAUGCACGCUUCUAACUCCGGGAACGACGUUGGACGAGGUCAUGGCGCAGGUGCUCCAGAAGCUCAAGGACGCAGUCCGGCAAUUUGAUGAGGCAGCGGGAGAAUUCAUCAGUCAGUAUGUGCACGAUGAGAAUCUUCACAGUUUAGCACAAGAGCUGGUGGACGGGUACAGACGUAUCAUCACUGGCGUGCUCGAAUUCUCGUAA